GUGGGCGGGGUGAGAGAAGAGCGGCGGCCUCGCGGUGUCGUCGCCAUGGUGCCGGUGCUGCCGGGCCUCUACCUGGGUGGCCGUGCUGAUCUUGGCGCGCCAGAGGAUGCGCCGGCUUCGGGGGCUAGUGGCGGGGCUGUCGCUGUCACGGCGCUGCUGUCCGUGGACUCGGAGCCACCCGAUGGCGCCGCUACUGCGGGGCUCGAGGAGGUGCGGCACGUCCAGGCGCUGGAUCAGCCCGAGAGCGACCUGCUGAGCCACCUGGACGGCUGCGCCGCCUUCAUCAGCCGCGCCCGGGAACGGGGCGGAGCCGCUCUGGUGCGCUGUCAAGCUGGUGUCAGCCGAAGUGUUGCUGUUGUGACUGCUUAUUUAAUGAAAACCAAUAACCUCUCUUUUGAAGAGGCCUAUACCUUUGUCCAGGCCAUCAAACCUGAUGCCAAAAUGAAUGAAGGUUUUGAAUGGCAACUGAAACUGUAUGAAAAAAUGGGCUGUGAAGUUGAUGUAACCAGUGCCAUUUACAAACAGUAUCGUUUGCAAAAGGUUACAGAGAAAUAUCCUGAGCUACGGAACUUGCCACAAGAUGUAUUUGCAGCUGAUCCAAAUUCUGUACAUCAGACUUCGUUUUGUGAAGUUCUGUACAGGUGCAGGAAGUGCAGGCGUCUGCUCUUUCGAAGUUCAAGCAUUUUAACUCACGAUGAAGGCAAGGGACCUGCUGCUUUUGCUCACAAGAGGCUUCUGGAACCUGCCAAAACUGGAACGCUUUACUGUGAUGUUCGACCCAAUUGCACGUCUUACUUCAUAGAGCCUGUCCAGUGGAUGGAGCCAGCACUGUUAGGAGUGAUGGAAGGACAGCUUCUGUGCCCCAAGUGCGCAUCAAAGUUGGGCUCCUUCCAUUGGCAUGGUGAGCAGUGCUCGUGUGGCCAUUGGGUGACGCCUGCUUUCCAGAUUCACAAGAGCCGUGUGGAUGAGGUGAAAGAUCUGUCCAUUAGGGAUCUACAGACUGUAAGAAGGUGACCGCGAUGUGUGCGCAGGCCAGACUUUGAUGCAAGAAGUCCCAGAUGACUGCUUUUUACUAAGUGCCUUACUCUUGUUAGUUAUCUCUUUGCUUGGAAAGGGUUAUUUUUCUUACAGCUUUGCAGCAAGAGACAAGUCCAUUGUGCAGCAGGUUGGCUUAAACUCUGCACUAGAGCAUUUCUCUGUUGUGGGUUUUUACAGAAACAUCGAACAUUGUGAAGAAAUAUUUUAAAAUUAGCUGAACCUGCACAAAGCAUCUGUGCGGUAGUGCACUGAGCCUGUGGCAUCCCCCCACCUCUCCUCCCACAACUCACUCUCCCCGCCACUACAGCUUGCUCUCUCUGUCUCCCCCCACAACUCUCGCUCCCCCCUCUCGCUGCCCCCCAUAAUUCGCUUUGCUUGCUCCCCCCCCCCCCCCACAACGUGGCCCUCCUCCCUGGCCCUGCCAGCGGCUGCUCUCCCUAGCCCCGCCAGCCAGCCUGGCAGCAGCUGCCUCCUCAACCCGGGCCCUCUUCUCGGGCCACUGGCCAGCCCGGCAUCAGCCGCCACCUCAACCUGGGCCCGCUGCUGCCUGCUCCCGCCUCCUUCCUCCUGAGGCUGGCGUGACUUUGCCUACUGGCCGGGCUUCUCCUGAGGCCAGUAGGGCUUUCUCUCCCUCCCCACCAGGCCGCUUCUCCCUGCCCCUGCCCGCAAUUUCUGGCCGGCUUUCAAGCUGGGUCGUCCCCUCCUGCCGCCACCUCCUUUUCCUGGCAGCCCAGCCACCUCCUCACCCCGCCGCCGCCUCCCCUCCGUGGCCGGGACUUGGUUUUCCCCCCAGCCCCAGUCUCCUCUCUCCCUGCCGGCUUCGCCCAUCCACUUCCUCAGGGCGGUGGGGCUUUGCCUACCGCCCAUCCUCAUCCGUUUCCCCUUAUUUCCUCUUCCUUUUCUCCUUUCUCCACUGUAUCUGGCACUUUCCCCUUAUUUCCUCUCUCCUUUCUCCACAGUCCCCAGAGAAAACAUCCCAACCACUCUCCCUGUCCUCUGCCUCCCUCUCUGCUUCUCGCAUGGCUUCUCUGCCUCUCAUUGGCUGGAACGCUGGCCCGGCACGCAUCCCCAUGCAUAGAUGGCCAGCAUCCAGAGGAUUUUUUUAAAAUUAUGAAGAACAGUUUCGUGUUCAAGUUAUCAAGUAACCAGGGAAGCACUACAGCCAUUAGUAUGCUAAAAGAUAGUCUUUUAAGAGGGGAUCAUGUCAUUGCAAUAUAACAGUGGUUGCGUGGAAAUAUAGGCCAGGAAGAAAACUCUAUUCCUGAUGAAGGAAUUUUAGAGGAUCUUUAUUUGCUUUGCAAAAAGCGAGUGUUACAACUGGGGAGAGGAUUUUGAGAGUAUUUGGUUUGGAAGUCUCUCUCUGGAUCUCAUCUUCCCAGCUGUCUUGUCAGGAUUGAUGCUGUGAUUUUCCUAGAUGAUGCUCUUUCUCACAAUUGGCUGUAGACUGGAUUAAAAAUACAAGUGACCAGCAAAGUCACAGGAAUUUGGUUGACAAAGAAUAAUAUUUAAUUUAUUUUUACACAUUUUUAUACCAUCCUAUGAACAUGUCCCUGGGCAUUUCACAAUCUAAAAACACGGCAAUUAAAACAUUAACACAGUUAAAACAGUUUAAAAUACAGAUGAAAAACUCUAACACAAGACCUGAAAACAAUAAACUGAAAGCCUGACGAAACAGGUUUGUCUUCAGAUCCUUCUUAAAAACAUCCAGAGAAGGGGAGGCUCUAAUUUAGUUAGGAAGUGUGUUCCAAAUAGUAUUGGUUUCUGGAUCCUUCACCUUUACUGUGAAAUGGUUUGAAAUCCUACCCAAACAAGAAAUUGUAUGCUGUAUGUAAAUUGUGUAUUCAAUAAACAUAAUGAAAGCAUGAUGUGUCAAUUUAUGGUGUGCACCAGCAGCAGGUUAUUAAAUUACAGAGAUGCUCACAUAAUUGAGAACUACAAUUGAGCUACAAGAAGAUAACAAAUGCUAAAGGUGUCUUUGUACAGGUUAACUAUUUUAAUGGUUUCUCACCGCCUUUAUUAGGAGAAGUACCACUUGUCUAUCUCAGUUCUUACUCUUGAAGAAUUUAGAAAUUCCUGCCUUUCAGAGCAUAAUUUGCAUUUUGACUCAGAAGCUGAGAGCCAGUGAAGUAGAAUUCUACAUAUAGUACUACGUUCUGCAGCUUUUCUGUGCUCCUGCAAAAUUGCAGCAUACACACGGCACUAUGCAUAUGAUAGGUUGGUACUAGAUCCACUGGUGAUUCUGCUAGGGACUAGGCUAUUUAAAGAUCCCUUCUGACCAAAAAUGAUGAAUGUCAGGUGUGGCACAAAUUUGACCUAAACACUGAACCAGAAUAUUGGAAUGUUUUGCAAAACUUUGGGAGAUCAUACCACUGAAGAAGUUAAACAUCCCUUUCCUUCUUGUAUGCCAGUGUUAAGAGGCAUUCCUAUAACAUGACUCUUUUGUUUCGUACUGCAAAAAUAACCGAACUGAACGUCUCUCUCAGUUAUACUAUGUGGCUGUGUCUUUAAACCAAUGAUUCCCCAGCUAGGGUGCAUUAUUGUGCCAAAAGAGUGUGCCUGAAAUGUGCCUUGCAAAAUUAAGCCACUAUUCUGGAGGGAUCCCACCAUUCAUUCAUUCAUUCAUUCAUUUAUUUGAUUUUCAUACCGCCCUUCUAAAAUCCCCUGCUAACUGGGCAAAGAGGCACCUUUUACCGUAGUGAUUCUCUUUAUUUAGCAGGGGGAGAGUAACUGGCCCUGUCCACCCCCAGCACAGUACCUCCAGUGACUGCUGCUGGUGUCUAUCUUAUGUUUCUUUUUAGAUUGUGAGCCCUUUGAGGACAGGGAUCCAUCUGAUUUAUUUAUUAUUUCUCUCUGUAAACCGCCCUGAGCCAUUUUUGGAAGGGCGGUAUAGAAAUUGAAUUAAUAAUAAUAAUAAUAAUAAUUAAUUAAUAAAAUGGCUCAGGGCGGUUUACAAUUAACAUAUAUUCUGAAGGGCAGGGGGAAUUUGCCCUUCAGAAUAUGGAGACCCAGUGCAGCAUUGAUUUCUAACCCAUUACCUCUGCCCAAUCAUAGUUACCAAUAAUGGCAAUAGUGUCCUCAUGCUAAAAGUGGAUGGAGUACAGCUGCACCACUGUUCCCUAUUGCAGAGUAGAAGCAUCCGUGUUCUAUCUCUGAGUGGUUGGCAAGAGAGACAGUGUGAUGCUGUUAACUAGGGUUAAGCACAGUCAUAAGGAAGUUGCCUAUCCCCAAGCACUUAGCAAAUGCUCUUUUGAAAAACAAAACAGCAGUCCAAAUUCUGCUGAACAACAGUAGCGGAAGCUCUUCAAAGGGAUUUUGUAGUGUCUGUAGAUCUCAUGGAAGUGUAUCUACAUGUUCUCAUGCACCACAAAUACCUCAGGAAUGCUUAUGGGGAGCAGCAGUUAAUGUAAGGCCCAUUUGUUCCAACGUUCUCGUCAAGGAUUCCAGAGCUGAUGGUUUCAGCUGUAAUGCAGAGAUUCAUAUUCACAUUUACUCACCCUCUUCUCCAGUUGUCUUUUCAUCCGGAACAUCCCUAUCAGAAACUUUUCUCUGUCUGUGUUAGACAUGUACACACAAGAGAGGGAGUAUUCUAAACCAAACAAAAUGAAUGGAAGCAAAAACAAGAGUACAAAACCAUGUGGUUGCUUUACUAUAUAAAAUAAAUAACAUUACAGUAUAUACAAGGAAUUAUAAUGAUAACCAAAUAAAUGAAAGGACAACAAUAAACUUCCUCUGUGUGUGUGUGUGUGCGCGCACGCGCGUGCAUGCAGUGAAUUGAGAGAUGUGUUGCUGUUUGUGAAUAUACAACUUAAUGAAGAUGUGGAAAAUAGUGCUACACAUCUUCAGUCAUUUGGCCAUUAUAAGUGCAAUAUCUUAAGUAUAUACUGUGUCAUUUUGAGUCCUCUUGUUUAAUAAAGCAUAUUGUGUUCUGUU